AUGGCUGGAAGAGAAUUAGGAGUGCUUAAUGCACUCGAUGUGGCAAAGACGCAAUGGUACCACUUCACUGCUAUUGUGAUUGCUGGAAUGGGAUUCUUUACUGAUGCCUAUGAUCUCUUCUGUAUUUCCCUUGUCACCAAGUUGCUGGGGCGGAUAUAUUACACAGACAUAACCAAACCAAAGCCUGGUGUUCUUCCUCCUAAUGUGCAAGCUGCUGUGACUGGCGUUGCGCUAUGUGGCACUUUGGCCGGCCAGCUUUUCUUUGGAUGGCUUGGUGACAAGUUGGGAAGGAAAAAGGUUUAUGGCUUAACUCUUAUGCUCAUGGUAGUGUGUUCUAUUGCCUCGGGGCUCUCUUUUGGAGAUACCCCAAAGGGUGUCAUUGCCACACUUUGCUUCUUCAGGUUCUGGCUUGGCUUUGGGAUUGGUGGUGACUACCCUCUAUCAGCUACAAUCAUGUCUGAAUAUGCCAACAAAAAGACUCGAGGGGCAUUCAUUGCUGCAGUGUUUGCCAUGCAGGGAUUUGGAAUCUUGGCUGGUGGAAUAGUUGCCUUGAUUGUGUCAUCUGCAUAUGAUCACAAAUACAAUCUUCCCAGUUACGAAGAAAACCGAGAAGGAUCAAUAGUGCAUUCCCUUGAUUAUGUUUGGCGUAUCAUUUUGAUGUUUGGUGCUGUCCCAGCUGCGCUUACCUACUACUGGCGUAUGAAAAUGCCAGAGACAGCUCGUUACACAGCCCUUGUGGCCAGGAAUGCAAAACAAGCUGCUUCAGACAUGUCUAAGGUGUUACAAGUCGAGAUUGAAGCUGAAGAGGAUAAGUUGCACCACAUGGUUGAGAGUGAAAACCAAAGGUAUGGUUUGUUCAGCAAGGAAUUUGCCAAACGCCAUGGGUUGCACUUAGUUGGAACCACAGUAACUUGGUUUUUGUUAGACAUUGCCUUCUACAGCCAGAACCUUUUCCAAAAGGAUAUUUUCACUGCCAUUGGAUGGAUCCCUCCUUCACAAGAAAUGAGUGCAAUCCAUGAAGUUUAUAGGAUUGCAAGAGCCCAAACACUUAUAGCACUUUGCAGCACUGUGCCGGGGUACUGGUUCACCGUGGCCUUUAUUGAUUACCUGGGCCGUUUUACCAUCCAAGUAAUGGGUUUCUUCUUCAUGACUGUCUUCAUGUUUGCCCUUGCUAUACCUUACAAUCACUGGACCAAGAAAGAAAACAGAAUUGGGUUUGUUGUGAUGUACUCUUUCACCUUUUUCUUCUCCAAUUUUGGUCCAAAUGCCACUACGUUUGUUGUACCAGCAGAGAUUUUCCCGGCAAGGUUAAGAUCUACUUGCCAUGGAAUAUCAGCUGCUGCAGGAAAGGCAGGAGCCAUUGUGGGUGCAUUUGGGUUCUUGUAUGCUGCACAAAGUAAGGACCCCAGCAAGGUUGAUCAAGGUUAUCCAACUGGAAUUGGGGUUAAGAACUCCCUCCUUGUGCUUGGUGUGAUAAACUUUUUUGGAAUUUUAUUCACCUUGUUAGUACCAGAAUCAAAGGGAAAAUCACUGGAAGAGUUGAGUGGGGAGAAUGAUGAAGAUGGCCCUGAGACAAUAGAGGUGGCAGGGUCUGCUAGGACGGUUCCCGUCUAA